AUGAUCCACUUCCUGUUGCUGGUUUCCCGCCAGGGCAAGGUCCGCCUGUCGCGCUGGUAUGUGCCUGCGGGCCUUCCUGCGGAGGCGAGCGCCGACAGCGUGUCGCCGCAGGGCUCGUUCGCGGCUGGCGGUCUCUCGAUGAAGCAGCGAAGCGACUUGCUGCGCGAAGCUGCCUCCCGCGUCCUCCAGCGCAGCGCCAAGCAGUGCAACGUCGUCGAGUGGAGAGAAGACACGAAGCUCGUCUUCAAGAGGUACGCGAGUUUGUUUUUCAUCGCGUGCGUGGACAGCAACGAGAAUGCCCUGCUGACGCUGGAGAUCAUUCACCACUUCGUGGAGGUUUUGGACCGCUACUUCGGAAACGUCUGCGAACUCGAUCUCAUAUUCAAUUUCCACAAAGCCUACUACCUGCUGGACGAAAUCAUCUGCGGAGGCGAGCUGCAGGAGACGAGCAAGAAAGCAGUUCUGCGUGUGAUGAACGCGCAGGACGCGCUGAUGGACGAGAGCAACUCGAAGGGAGGCUUGCGGCUCACGUAG